AUGGCCACAGACAUUGCCCUCGAUAGAGCGUACUUGGCGGCAAUAUGGCUCGAGACACUCUUUUAUGGCAUGAACAUCGUUCUCUUCUUUUCGUGCCUUUUCGUAUUGAUCAUUCACCGACGGACGCCAAAGGUCAACAAGAUACUUGUCGGUAUCGCCGUGACCAUGUUCUGCUUUUCUACUUGCCACGUCUUCCUGGGCUUCUACCGUCUCAUCAUGGGCUUCAUCGUACUUCGUGAUGAACCCGGAGGUCCAGCGGCCUUCUUCUCAGACGUCUCGAUUCCCGCAAAUGUGGCCAAAGUCGGGAUACAUACCGUAAACUCGAUCGUGGGUGAUAGCGUAGUGGUCUGGCGAUGCUAUCUCGUGUGGGGCAGGGACUGGAAGAUGUGCGCGCUUCCCAUCCUGCUUGUUAUGGGUUCAGCUAUAUGCGGUUUCGGUCAAACCGUCUUUUUUGCAAGAGGGCAGCAAUAUCACAGUGCUUUUGCGCUUCCAUUGGUAAUAUGGAAUGGUUCCCUUUUUAGUCUAUCUCUCACGACAAAUGUUGUUGUCACUGCACUCGUUGGGCUUCGUGCCUGGUACAUGCUGCGCCUGAGCGAUGGAAUCGCCAACUUUCGGUAUUGGAGAAUCAUGCUAAUAGUUAUAGAAUCUGGCAUGAUUUAUUCCGUUGCCCUCAUUUGCGAAGUUACUCUCUACUUCAUGGGCCUCAACUCCUUCUACAUCAUAUACGAUCCUAUAGGGCAACUUACUGGCAUUGUUCCGACGAUGAUAAUCGUUCUCGCUGGUCUCGAGAUCACGACCAAUGAUGUCCAUUCCCGCCUCACAAGGAGCCAAAUUAGCAGGCCUCGAUUCAAUCUGGGCGCCACCACAGAAGAUUCACGCACUGCACCUCUGGAAACGAUGCAGUUUGCCAGCAUCAUAUCCCUUCGCGAGCGAAAAGCUACGCUUCCGGUCACGUUCGAUGACACACCCGAUAUGAGCGCGGUGAACUCGUCCUUGACCCUGAAGGACGAAGCACUCCAUACACGAUCUGUUUGA